AUGUGGAAAGAAAGACAGAAACAGUGUCUUCAAAUGAAAAUCAACACAAGUGAACAAACUGUUGCUUCAGAUUUGUAUCCACCUCUGAUGGCAUCUACAAAUUCUUCACCAAAAGGCACUGGGCUUCAGAGUGAUCUUAUUUUUGAGGAAAUUGGUCGCCGCAUCAAAGGCGUUGGCAGUCAACUUGUAAAAAAGGUGAAUGCUGUCUUUCAGUGGGACAUCAUGAAUGGAGGAAAGAUUGUGGCCCAGUGGACCCUAGAUCUGAAGACUGGUUCUGGUGAGAUCUAUCCAGGAGUAUCUCACAAGCCUGCCAACACGGUUUUCAUUCUCUCUGAUCAUGAUUUCAUGGAGCUUGCUUUGGGCAAGAUAAAGCCCCAGAAGGCUUUUCUAAUUGGCAAGGUGAAGGUGAAGGGCAAUAUUCUGCUCAGUCAUAAACUCGAGAUGAUUCUCAAAGAGUAUGCAAAGAUCUGA